GUACUGUUUAUUGGAGUAGUAUAUACAUAUGUCGUACUGUUCUUAGAUUUUUUUUUUUAGCAACUGGGAUUACAUACAAACUAUAGAAGUGACAUGAUCCGAUGACCGCGCCUAUGAUCACAAACACAAGCCACCGUUUGUCCUUAAUUGCAAUUAACAAUGCGGGAGUACAAACACUGCAAGAAAACCAGCAGGUCAACAGCAUCCAAAUUCCUAGAUAACAAGACGCAUUACCAAGUAGCCAACACCACGCCUCGAUCGAUCGGAACACACACACCAUGUCAACCACUGCGCCGAGGGCCGUCGCUGAGCGGUGGAGGGAGCUCCACGGCGAGGACCACUGGAAGGGCCUCCUCGACCCUCUCGACGCCGACCUCCGGCGCAGCGUCAUCGGCUACGGCGAGCUGGCGCAGGCCACCAACGACGCGUUCAUCCGCGAGGCGUGGUCGCCGCACGCCGGCGCGUGCCGGUACAGCCGCGACAGGUUCUUGGAGAAGGCGCAGGCGUCGACCCAGCUGGCGGGACUGUACGAGGUGACGGCCUUCUUCUACGCCACCGCGGGCGCCGGCGGCGUGCCGGCGCCGUUCAUGGUGCGGAACCGGGAGUCGAACUGGAUGGGGUACGUGGCCGUGGCGACGGACGCCGGGGUGGCCGCGCUGGGCAGGCGCGACGUGGUGGUCGCGUGGCGCGGCACCGUCCGGCCCAUGGAGUGGCUCAACGACCUCGACUUCACGCUCGUGUCCGCCGCCGGAGUGCUCGGCGCCGGUGGCCGUUCGCCGGCGCCGAGGGUGCACAGGGGGUGGCUGUCCAUCUACACGGCGAGCGACCCGGCGUCCAAGUACAGCAAGCUCAGCGCCAGGGAGCAGAUUUCGGAUGAGAUCAAGAGGCUAAUGGACAAGUACAAGGACGAGGAGACCAGCAUCACCGUCGUCGGCCAUAGCCUCGGAGCCGCCGUCGCGACCCUCAACGCCGCCGACAUCGUCUCCAACGGCCUGAAUCAGCACGGCGCCUGCCCCGUCACGGCGGUCGCCUUCGCCUGCCCGCGCGUCGGGGACUCCGGGUUCAGAAAGCUCUUCGACGAGCUCCCCGGCCUUCGCCUCCUCCGCGUCUGCAACUCGCCGGACGUCGUGCCCAAGUACCCGCCGAUGGGGUACGCGGACGUCGGCGUCGAGCUCCCCGUCGACACGAGGAGGUCGCCGUACCUCAAGUCGCCGGGGAACCAGGCGGUGUGGCACAGCCUCGAGUGCUACAUGCACGGCGUCGCCGGGGCGCAGGGCAAGCGCGGCGGGUUCAAGCUGGAGGUCGACCGGGACGUGGCGCUGGUGAACAAGAAUGUGGACGCGCUCAAGGAGGAGUACCACGUCCCGCCGUCGUGGAGCGUGCAGAGGGACAAGGGCAUGGUGAGGGGCGCCGAUGGCCACUGGAAGUUGAUGGAUUACGAGGGAGAAGAAAGUAGCCAGGACAAAUGACGCUGUGAUCAAUGUGAAAUGUGAAGCUAACUAGCUUGUCCCUAUGUUUCGUCAUAUGCUGUUUUUGCUUCCGAUUGUGUGCAAUCUGUGACAUGCGCGUAAAUUUUCUGUACCUGUAGCCUGUAGUGAAAUAAAUCAGUGAACCGUGGUAAGUUUGCAUCUUUGUUUAGAAGAUACUGGAAAAAAUGAAAAAAAAAUCUGGCUCAUCCUGUUGUUGCACGCCAAAGAAAAUUGGGCCAUGUAUUGGGCCGAUUCUGAGGUA